CAAAGACGAGGACGACCAAGGUCAUUGUUCCCGUCAUCUUCAUCCUCCUCGUCUUCCACGUCCUCUUCUUGCUCUAACCUUGGCAACUGACUUCAAAGGGCGUAGCUAGCGGCUCAUAGCUUCCCAACUUCUGUCCAUUUUUGUAUCCUUUCGCGCCCUAUCUACCUUGUCCUAUUCCGCUCUACUGCCUAGAAGGCCCCAUCCCCUUGACUUUCGACCAUCAUCCUUCACCUUCUUCUUAACUGUGUUUCUAUUAUAUAAUAUCUCCUCAGAACCUUGACCACAUAUAUCGCCUCUUUAGGCUCUCAAUUAUGCCACCUCACUUGUGAUGUACAGUCUAGCUUUUUGAACAUUGACAAGCCGUAUUUUCCGUCUCCGAUUCAUGUCGUUCUUCCGCAAUCCAAAUGAUGUCACUGAAUCAGAAGACCAGACAUGUAACAACGAGGAGUCGAGCAGAGUGAAUGACGACGAGGAGACGACCAAUGACAAUGAGCCGCAGAGCUCUCCCGUGAAAGCGUCUAAAGCGAGAAACUUGCGUAAGAUUGAGACCUUGGACUCCGCUGCAUCUGCUUCAACGACAGCUUUGUCGAGGCAGAUCACGCGUGACAAUGCCAACGGCAACCAAGACACCAAAGAGUGGCUCAUGCGUGCGCUUCUGGAGGAAAAAUGUCUGAACGAUGCGUUGUCCGAGUUCCAGCAACGCAACACCUCAGCUGAGCAGUACUCAAAGGACCAUCCGGAUGUGCAAGCACUCGCUCACGCAAAAUACGAAUACAUGACCACAACACUUGGACAGCUCAACGUUCUGCCCCCCGAACGACACGACUCAGCUACUCAAUUGAUCAAGCAACAAGCCCGCGAUGGUCUUGACGCACUAUCUAGCAAGAGCCCUACGCCUGGACGUCCAGGUAUCAUGCAUCGCGACGCAAGUCUCCUUAGCGUUCAUUCCGGAAUUCGAGAUCUUGUGGUCGCGGAAACGAGCAGUCCAAAUCGGCCCAUGUCAGCCAGUGCCCACUUUUACAAGCAAGAAGCUAUGAAUCAGAGUAUGGAUGCCAUCAUGUCUCUACCACCACUUCUAAGGCCUCUCGUGGAUCAUCCCAUGUUCGAGCUGUCUCGGUAUACUCGCGACUUUGUUGAGGUGGGCAUGAUCGGGAAAGGUGGUUAUGGCAAGGUGUACCAUGUGCAGCACCGCCUGGAUGGCUCAGCCUACGCAGUGAAAAAGAUCAAUCUUAAUGUCCACCGCUUGAAGCGCAUCCAGGAACGAGGACAAGAAGAACUUGACACCCUCCUCAAUGAGCUGCGCAUGCUUGCCAGAUUCGACCACCCAAAUAUCGUACGAUACUACGGGGGCUGGCUCGAAUACAUGACGUCAACCACCUCAUUUCCCUCACUUGCGCCAAACAGCAAGCUCAUGAUUGAGGCUCCACCGACCUUAUUGGAAGAUGCAAAUGUCAAUGCUGAACGUAAGGAUUAUGGACAUGGCCAAUUCAUUAAUUUUCGAGAUCCAAACAACAUAUCACGCCACCAUUCACGCAAAUCUAGCGUCGAUAUUUUGUUUGAGCGUAGCGGAGGCGAGAUUUUGGGUGACCUGGAUGAAAUGGACGAGCAGGACGAUCUCGUUGCGGAGCUUCAGCCCCAGAUCAAAAUUGAUAAAAAGAGAGCCGGUAGCACUAGCACGACCGCGUCUGUAAAGUCGAAGCUGAGCUCUGUGCAUAGCAUUGGAUUAGAAGAUGAUGGAAAUUCUGAAGCGAUUGCUGGAGACGCAGGAAGUAGCUCAGCACUACAAAUUCUGCGUACAACCGACUCCAGCAACUCAGGCGUUGCGUCGACAAGUGAUUAUCCUGACUUUGGACGUAAGCCUGAGCCAGAUUCUCUGCUCACGCUGCACAUACAAAUGUCACUGCAUCCUCUGUCGCUAUCAGACUACCUCUCCACCAGCCUGUUCUCCAACACGGCCAGGAAAUCAUCACCAUCACCACCUUCAUCGCCAGGAGCUCGUCACACAAGGCACUGCUUCCACCUUGAAAUUUCACUUCAGAUUUUGCUUGCUAUCUUAGACGGUGUCGAAUACCUACACGAGAGCGGCGUCGUGCACCGAGAUCUUAAACCCUCGAACGUGUUCCUCACACUAAAUCCAUCACGAACACCUUCGUCCAUCGAUCUUUCAAAGUGUAUACAAUGUCGUUUAGAAGGCCGCAGACGCAGUGGCUUUCUCGGGGCGCGAAUCGGUGACUUUGGACUCGUCACAGGGAUUGCUCGCGCCUCGUCCUCCGAUCCUCAUGCUGCGACGACCGCAAAGGUGGUGGGCACCGAACUGUAUCGCCCCAUACGUGCAGUGUCAAGGUUCACAGAGAAGUUGGACGUCUAUGCGAUGGGUAUAAUCACGGCAGAAUUGCUCAUCCCUUUUGGAACACGAAUGGAGAGGCAUCAGAGAUUACAGGAAAUUCGGAACGAGACGUUUGACGAUACUGUUCUAACACUUCGGUACGGCGAACAUGGAAGGGCAAUGUUUGAGCUGAUUAGAGGCAUGACUCGUGCAGACGAGCACGCAAGGCUAGCGUGUAGGCAGGUCAGAGAGCGUGUGGAGGAAAUAUUGUUCGCGUUGUAGACCAACGCUAUUUCUGGCCAGUUGAUAUACAAAUACAAAAAAUACAUUGUUCACAUUCAAAGA